ACUUUGAAUUGUUUCAAGAUCACAGAGAAGGAACUGAAUGUCUUGAAGACAGAACUUGCUAACACUCGGAAAGAGAAGUUUGGAUAUCAGACCAAAGUUACGGAGCUUAGGAAUGCUCUCAAAUCCAGUUUGGAUAGAAACAAAGAAUUACAAACCCAGCUGGUUAGCAAAACCAGGCCUCGAGAAAAUGGUCACUCCAAGAACGUUAAUAGACUGAACAUUCCACCUCCUGUAUCUCCUCCGCCGUACGAUGACACUUUCAUUACUGUAUUACUGCAGCAGAGUGCUGUUCUUCCAGUGAGCAAACCUCUAAGCAAUCUUCAAACGUGCCUAAAUGCUCUGAAGCAGGAAAUGGCUCUGCUUCAGAAACAACUAGAGGAGGAAGCCGUGACGACUACAGACUUGUGAGGAUAUCGGUUGCUAUCGAUACUGAGAGGACUUUGUGGUGAUGGGGCUUUACAACAAUAUGCACGGGUGAUGUUACCCAUUUUUUCAAGAUGAAUCUUUUUCAUUGUCUUCCUGGUUGACUGCAUCUGGUUUAAUAGGAAAAAGUGUACAGGUUCUGUUUUUUCCACAAGUUUAACUUCAGAGUCUCAUGUAAAUUGUAGUUAUGGGGUAUGUUUAGACACGUGCGUAUAAAUGUGAUGUUAUAUAUAUAUAUACACUGUGAUUUUAGUCAACACCCAAGA